CUUGAUGCGACAGAAUGGGUGAGACGCCGGUGCUAAGACGUCGGCUGUCUCCCGCUCCUGGCUUCUCUGUUCGCCUUCGCCCUAAUCUCAAGCUCCCGACACCGAGGCCUCUGGAUCGCCCAAUUCCUUGGAGUUUGUUCCUAAGGAUUUACAAGAUCAACUUCCAGAACUGGAAGUAUAAAUUCACUCUGGAAAAUGUGAUUGUUUUUUUUGGGGAUAGGAAUAGAUCCUGAGGUGAUAGUUUCUAUGAGAAGCUACUCCAUGACAUCGAAAAGGGGCAGCUAAGAUUUGAGUAAACUCGAAAUACGAUCAACUUGUUGAUCUUGAUGAUAGAACGGGGUGCCUUAUUUGGUCUCAGCGUAUCUCACUAUAGUAACAGAACCCAUGAGAGUUUCACCUUCAAACCAAUAUCAGUUAGUAAAACACGAAACUAGUUAUCAAAUUCAACUGGCUUCCCCAAAAGAACAAGUCUCAUGUGGAUGUACUUCCUUCCCUUACUUCAACUGUGCAUCCACAGUUGAAAAUGCAACAUCACCUCCUGAUGCAGCCCUGCUACAUGAUUCUGAAACUUCCUCAGAAUCUUCCUCAACCGAUAGCGGCAAGGAAUCUAUUACAGAUGAUGUAGUCCUUGAGGCUGAAAAAGAGAUAUGUAACAAGAGCAAUAUGAAGAAACCACUUGCAGAUUGUUUUAUUCCUGCGAUACUAGACAACACUGUCGAUUUGUCGAUAGAAUCACCAAGCAGCACCGCGGGAUUUGGCAAAACAAGGAAAGUACAGUGGACCGAUGCAUGUGGGAAGGAACUUUUCGAAAUUAAGGAGUUCCAACUCAGCGAAGGUGAUUUAUCAGAUGAUGACUUCGGGCAUGGCAGUGACAAAUGCAACUGUGUUAUACUGUAAAUGUCAAUAUUCAUUAUGGACCAAAGGAUCGGGACAAAAGGCAAAUAAUGAUCAUUUGCAAGCAGAAACUGUUGCUACUGUAUUUGUGAAUUAUUUGUUCUGAUUAAGGAGGGACAAACUCUAAUGUAUAAUCGAUUUGUUUUCUUAGAUUGUCAUUUGGUAAUAAAAAAACUUCAACUUGAAGGUCUGAAUGCAA